CAGAACAGGUUCUGACUGCCGUGGAGGGUAACAUGCUGUCUGUGGAACCAGUGGUGCAACCCAUAUUGCCUGUUGUCAAAGCUUCUGCAGUGGAACGUGGGGGACCCAGGUACUCAAUGCCGAAUUUCUAAUUGUGGUGCCCAAAGGGCUAUAUGGAAAAUAAGAUAUUGGAAACAUCUACAAAUAAGAGAGGAGCUGAAGCUAAGAGAUGAGGAAUGCGAGAGGUUGUCCAAAGUCAGAGAGCAACUGGAACAGGAGCUGGAGCAGCUGACUGCCAGUCUGUUUGAGGAAGCACACAAAAUGGUGUGAGAAGCCAAAACCAAACAGGUUGGGUCAGAGAAGCAGCUGCAAUAGGCUCUUGGAAAGAUCGACAUGCUGCAGGCCGAAGUCACAGCUCUAAAAACACUAGUCAUCACAUCAACACCGUCAUCUCCAAACCGAGACCUACACCCCCAGCUCCUGAGCCCAUCCAAGAAUGCUCUACGCAAAGGCCAUGCUCGCAACAAAAGUGCAGGCUGUGCUGUGCUCGCGUCCCCGGCUCCAACAGCCCAGCCAACGCCUAGUGAGAGCAAAGAGGUCGUCCAUAUAACCUACGAACCAGGGUGGCCUCUUCCUGAGGACUCUUCUUCCUCCUUCUCCCGACAGGUGGACACUCUCCUCUACUCUGAGUUCCUGGCUUGGAAGGAGAGCCCAACGCUGGACAGAUACUGCCCUUUCCUUUCCCGUAUCUAUCUAGAAGAUAUUAAGCCAUAUUUGGACUUUGCUGAAAGAGAGCUCUCAGAACAGGUUCUGACUGCCGUGGAGGGUAACAUGCUGUCUGUGGAACCAGUGGUGCAACCCAUAUUGCCUGUUGUCAAAGCUUCUGCAGUGGAACGUGGGGGACCCAGGUAUUUGUGCGUAUUAAAUGUAUUAGGGCACAAAAUAGGAAAUGAUAUGCAGGGCAACAUGUUUUCUACCCACACUGAUUCAUGGGACAAAAUGCUUUCAGUUGGCCACCAUUCUCACAUGAAAGCACUGGUGCCCCUGCUAGCCCGGUCAUUGUGGGAAACAUUGUUGGAAACAUUGCAGUCAGCAUUACUGACAAGCGAGUACACCUGCAGUUGCAGGCAAUUGCCUUACAUGUGAAUGGAGAGGGAUUUAAAGUAUUUUGUCCCCUACCCAUGGAACUAGUUACUCACCCAUGGCUGCGGCAGCAAAACACUCCCUAUGUGCCACUGCCCUUAGUUUGCAUGGCCCGCAACAUAACUGUUUGAAUGAACCCCGUUAAUGUGAAUAUGUUAUAUAAGUUUUGAGUGCUGCUCAUUCUGUGCAGAAGUGUUUAUGUUC